AUGAAUUAUCAACUAUGUGAUACGAUCGAUUCAUAUUCCAAUCAAUCUAAAGGAAUCAAAUUUUCACAUCUUGUUAUAGCAGCGGCUUUAGCAAGUGGUAAUAGUCAUUAUGCGAUACAAACUGCAUUAGCGGUCAUUGGUAUUACUAUUCAAAGUUGUAGGCAAUCAUAUCAUCAAUAUCAGUCUCAAAUGUUUUCUACAAUUAUAUCAAGAGUU